UAGCUUGGAUAACAUAAUAAGACGAACUGGUGUAAAUUCAUCAUUUAUAGAGAUAUUAAGUCAACAUGCACAUAAUUGCAGGUAACGAAUGUUUCGUCGCAUGGUAAACAAUGGUAGUAACGAGAAAAGAAGUCGCAGCAAGACGGGCUUUACGAGAUGCAAUCGAAAUCGGUGACGUACGAUCAGUCCGCAAGUGCCUUGACAAUGGCGGCGACGUCAACGCCACAGAAAAGGAUGACGUUGAUGGCAGUCAACACUCUUUUUUAAUUCUGGCGAUUUGUCAACAUCAGUUUGGUGUUGCCAAGGAGUUGGUGGAGAGAGGAGCUGAUGUCGGUACAGUCUAUUUGAAUUACGAUGCAAAGCACGCGUGUAUUUAUAGUAUAUCUGCCCACAAGGCAGCGCAAAUGAUUUACGAUGAAAGCAGCAAUAAUAUUGUAAGCGAAAUCCUGACAUUCAUCGAAGAAUAUCUGAAAAAGUGUGAGAAGACUAAAGAAAUACGUCGAGUUAAGCCGACUAAUCUGCCACCAGUCCAUGAGCUUCCAUCGCAGGUUUUAAUUGAUGCAGUGAGUGAAGGUGACGUAGAGUGUAUUAACCUACUCUUAGAUUAUGGGAUGGAUAUUAAUAUUGUCCAUAGGAAUAGCACAAGUAAUAUGCAACAAUCAGUGUUAAUCUUUGCCAUAUACGUCAAUCAAAUUGACACUGCUAGAAAUUUAAUAGAAAAGGGAGCAGACGUGGAUACAAUAUUUCAAAACUAUGAUUCCGAUGAGCAAAUGUAUGAAACGACAGCAUUACAGACAGCCCGAGAUCGUUUGGCUAAAUCACCAAAUCCAGAUAUCGAAAAACUCGUGGAGUUACUAAGUAAUCAAUUAAUGAAAAGAAUGGGAAAGCAACCACGAAUCAUAGCACCUUUUGAAAAAACAGAGAUUCUCACAGAUACCAGCAUGACGGGCAACAACAAUGAUAUCAAAGAUGAUUAUAUAGAACAAGUACCGUUGGAUGAUCUUGGAAAGCGGGAACCACUCAAGAAAAUGACAAGCGGUAAAUACGGCGACGAUACCACGACAAGUACCGCUUGUAUUUUGUUAUAAUCACAUCAAAGUUUGGUAGCCAAAAUUAAAAUGACGUUGGGAAUUUGAAAUCCUAAAUGGGCUUACUGGUAAGCCUGUUAUGGGAUGGCAGGAUUCUUAAGAAAGACAAUAAGCCACUUCGUAGUUUGAACUGCGCAUGCCCGUAAGAUCAAUCGACAUAAACAAACAUACAACAAAGUUUUGCUUAUUCCGAAUUGUGACGUUCAAAUCAUUGUGCAUUACGUCACUACUACUGAGCACUUGUAUCUAUCAACAGAAUACAUAUAGAUAGAUAGAUAGAUCGUAUACAUAGUUACAUAGUUUUUUUUUUAAAGUGCUUUGCAAAUAAUAAUUUUAAUAUUUUUGUUACAUGUUUUUGUUUCUUCGGUUGGUACUGGGGAGCUCCCAGACAGAUGGGCAAUACCAGGUUCUGCUGAGUCGUUUUGUAUUUUUGUAUUUUUAUGUUCGUAUUUGUAAAUGUGAAAUGAUGGAAAUAAAUAAUAUGACAUGAUAUGAUAUGGCUUGUGUAAUAGGCCUAGGUAGUUUUUUAGAUAUACAAUCUUGCACGUUCGUUGGAUUCCUCUUGUAAUGACAAUGCUAAUAUUAUAAAUGGCAACUAAGAAACAAAGCACAGAGAUUCAGUUACAAUAAGGCUACAAUUAUUUUGGAGUAAUUUUGUUAUAAAUACAAGAAUUACAAAUUUUACAAGAAGUAUUAUUCGUUUUGACGUUGCUACUUAACCAAAUAUUUAAACUUUUGUAGGUCGUUAUGUCAUUUAAUAUGGCGAGGCGAUAUAUUGAACUAUAUUUUUUGAAAAGGUCGAACAUGACAAGAAAUGUUUUAUCUUUUUGUUUUGACCUUUAUUACUGUUUUAUUUUUCAAAUUUAAUUUUAUAGUAUUACCAUUCAUGAAAUAAAUUGCAUUUUGCACAAACAAAAACCUUAAAAUCUUGAGAAUAUUUCAAAAAGUUGAUUUUGAAUUGCGGAACAGGAUGAGAUCUACGAUUUCGUUUAUAACAUAGGCCUACGCCAGGAUAUCCUUAUAAACACGACAGUAACAAUGGGGACUCUCAACACUGAAGCUGCGCUUUUUAUUAAAAUAAACCGUCAUAUAAUUUGUUUUUAUUUUACAUUGAUAAAUUCCAAUCAUAUAUUUUUUAAUGAUAAAUUUUUAUCAAUGGUGAAUUUGAUUGGAAUAUUCGCGUACAAUGACAUGAAGUAAAUAGUAUCUGUAUAGAUUAUGAAAAUAUAUUCACCACGCUUUUUAAAUUUAGCAUGUAAGAUGUCAAAAAUAGAUACUAACUUUAUUGUCCACAAAUGAAUUUUACUUAAAAGAUUUAGUUAAAGGUCAUAGAGUGCUAGGUGUGUGCUAUGUAUUUAAAUAAUUAAUAUAUAUAAUAUAUAAUAUAUAUAUAUAAUAUAUAUAUAAUAUAUAUAUAUAUAUAUACAUUGAAAAUAUAACGUGAUGUUUAUAUAUAUAAUGCAGCUAUGCAAAUUUAUAAUAUUCAUUAGUCUACAUGCAUUUGUAUUUUCAGCCAAUAGCGAUAUAUCGCUUCUGUAAAAAUAAGAAUGGUAAGGGUACAUUUUAGAAUUACCAUGUAAAUUGAACAAAAAAUUGCGUUAUAUGAUUACAAUCAUUGAUUGAUUUAUGAAGCACUUCGGAGAUGUGUAUAUACUUUUGAA